UCAGUCUUAUAUUCCAUUGACGAUUGGCUCAUUUUACUGGAAGGCGGGACUUCCUUCGCUAGAUCGGCCAUACUGAGCGAUGCAUUCUCUCCCCAUUCAUGCAACAACACUCCUGCAGCGUGUUAAUAUCUGCUAUCUGUGUUUAUGAUCAUUCUGUCUGAUCAUCAGAGACCUACAAGAGACCUACUGGUGUGUUCAGACUGUGUAUUCUGUGGUUCACACACAGGACAGAGUGAGCACCGCUGAUAAUACAGGAGCAACAGAAAGAGGACGAGUGAACAUACAGUGAGUGCAGGUGAACAGCUACAAUCUGCACCACGUGUCGUCAACAUGGAGGAGGACGAACAGAAACAAGACUUUCUUUAUUGUGAAGAGUGUCAGUCAUUUUUCAAUGGUGAAUGUGACGUUCAUGGUGCUCCAUUGUUCAUUCCUGACACCCUUGUGCCAGUGGGGGCUUCAGACCGGGCCAGACUAACCCUUCCUGCUGGACUGGAGGUUCUCACAUCCAACAUUCCCAAUGCAGGACUCGGGGUGUUUAACCAGGAGGAGAUUAUUCCAAUCGGAGCACAUUUUGGCCCUUAUGAAGCAGAAGAAAGCAAUAUGGACGAAGCUGUCAGCAGUGGAUACUCGUUUAUGAUAUACAAGAGAAGACACUUGAAUGAAUAUAUAGAUGCCAGAAGAGAAACACACUCAAACUGGAUGAGAUAUGUAAAUUGUGCUCGCAGUGAAGUGGAACAAAAUCUGGUGGCAUUUCAGUAUAAAGAAGUGAUUCUGUACAGAUGUUGCCGGCCAAUCAAAACUGGAGAAGAAUUGCUAGUCUGGUAUGGAGAGGAGUAUGCCAGAGAUUUUGACGUCACUUUUGACCAUCUGUGGAACACUAAAUGCUCUGACAAAGAGAACGGUUCAUGCCUUGUGUUUUCCUGUUCUGUGUGUUCAUUGUCAUUCACGGCUCAAACUUAUCUCCACAAACAUAUGAGAAGAUGCCAUCAUGAGGCGUGUGACAUACUGCAGGACAUGGUACCUAAACCAAUCUUGAAAACAGAACAUGUAUCAUCUGAUAAUCUCUGCUGUGCCACUCCAAUCGAACUAAAACAUAGAGAAGGCAAGGAGAAAACUCACCAUUGUGCAGAUUGUGGGAAGAGUUCCUCUUUGAUAAGUCGUCUUAGUGCACACAAGUGUAUCCACACAGUACCGAAGCUGUAUCACUGCCAACAAUGUGGAAAGAGUUUCUCUAGGUCAAGUAAUUUAAUGGAACACAAGCGCACACACACAGGAGAGAAUUUGUAUCGAUGCAAACAGUGUGGAAAGAGUUUCUCUCGGUCAAGUUAUCUCACUGUACACCAGCUCACACACACAGUACAGAAGCCGUAUCACUGCACACAGUGUGGCAAGAGUUUCUCUCUGUUAAGUCUUCUCACUGCACACCGGCGCGUACACACAGGAGAGAAGCCAUAUCACUGCUUGCAGUGUGGGAAGAGUUUUAUCUGGUCUAGUCAUUUAAAAGUACAUCAGCGCUUACACACAAGAGAGAAACCGUAUCACUGCACACAUUGUGAGAAGAGUUUCUCUCUUUUAAGUCAUAUCAGUAGACACCACCGCAUACACACAGACGAGAAGCUGCAUCAGUGCUCACGUUGUAGCAGGAGUUUCUCUCGACCCUACGAUCUCCGUGUGCACCAGCGCACACACACUGGAGAGAAGCCAUAUCGCUGCACACAGUGUGGGAAGAACUUCUCUCAGUCAAGUCAUCUUGGUGUACACCAGCAAACACACACAGGAGAGAAGCCAUAUCACUGCACACAGUGUGGGAAGAGUUUCUCUCGGUCAAGUAAUCUUAUUAGACAUCAGGCAAUACACACAGGAGAGAACCCAUUUCACUGCACACAGUGUGGGAAGAGUUUCUCUCGGUCAAGUCGGCUUCGUGAACACCAGCGCAUACACACCGGAGAGAAGCCGCAUCACUGCUUACAGUGUGGGAAGAGUUUCUCUUGGGCAUGUCUUCUUGGUGAACACAAGCGCACACACACUGGAGAGAAGCCGUAUCACUGCACACAGUGUGGGAAGAGUUUCUCUCGGUCAAACGGUUUCCGUGAACACCAGCGCAUACACACAGGAGAGAAGCCUUAUCAAUGCACAGAGUGUGGAAAGAGUUUCUCUCGGUCAAAAGAUUUCCGUGAACACCAGCGCAUACACACAGGAGAAAAGCCGUAUCAAUGCACAGAGUGUCGAAAGAGUUUCUCUCGGUCAAAAGGUUUCCGUGAACACCAGCGCAUACACACAGGAGAGAAGCCGUAUCAAUGCACAGAGUGUGGGAAGAGUUUCUCUCGGUCAAAAGAUUUAUGUGAACACCAGCGCAUACAUACAGGAGAGAAGCCGUAUCACUGCUCACAGUGUGGGAAAAGUUUUGCUCAGUCAAGUCAUCUUAGUAGACACCAACAAACCCACACAGAGGAGAAGCCGUAUAACUGCUCACAGUGUGGGAAGAAGUUCUCUCGGUCAAGUCACCUAAGUAGACACCAACGAACCCACACAGAGGAGAAGCCGUAUCGCUGCUCACAGUGUGGGAAAAGUUUUGCUCAGUCAAGUCGUCUUAGUAGACACCAACGAACCCACACAGAGGAGAAGCCGUAUAACUGCUCGCAGUGUGGGAAGAAGUUCUCUCGGUCAGGUCACCUUAGUAGACACCAGAAAACACACACAGGAGUGAACCUCUAUUACUGUGUACCAUGUGGAAAGAGUUUUAACACUUUUAUUUGCCUCCAAAGACAUCAGCAAAAACAUUCAGAAGUUGUAUCACUGCUCAAAGAAGAAACUUUUGUCAUCAAUCAGACCAAUCACGCUGCUUCUUUCUAAACGGAUCAAUGUGAAAUUGCAAGUGGGAUUUUCAUGCCUUGUUUCAAGCAGCAACUAAUAAAGCAAAUGUAUUCUUGGAUAGGGCACUACAAUCAGUCUCUUUUUCAUGCGGUGCGGUUGAUACCACUCUCCUUCUGACGUUCACAAUCUCCGUCUCAGAUGUUUGGGGGCAUUCCCAUUGCCCACUAGGACACUUAUGUGUGCUGGUUGUUUCUUCAACAGACCACUUUGGAUGUUUCCUGGGCUGCUGUGGAUGUGCACAAUGGCAAUUUAAGGAGAUACAAUAGAGGGUUUCUUGCCAAGUCAUCCUGUUUUCCUUCCCACACCUCCAAACCUGUCCCAAUCCUGAGUUCUCAACAAGACAGAUAAGCCACUGUAUGUUGGUUUAAUUGUCAUGUUGAGAUUUUUUUGAGGAUGAUGACCUGUCGCAGUAUAAAAGUUUUACCAUCACAUGCAAAUAACUUGCAUUCCCUGUGCAGAGCAUUACUUUCUUGGGAUGCAAAAAGUUUCUACCGACAGAGGUACCCUUAGAACAGGUUCGGCGGUGUCUUGCAUAUGGUCAUAACAGACACAUUGAACAUGGUUAUGUGGUAUGCAGCGAGUACAACGCAUCAGGGCCCCCAGACACAGCCUCGCCAGCAUUGGCAUAUCCAACUGUCUGGAGUUAUUGGCAGUUUUGCAGAGGCUGUGUACUUUCAUUCAAGGCAAGCUUGUGUUCAUCCAGCUAGAAAUCACUAUGACUAUGGUGUGAAUAAAUCACAAUAGUUAUUUCUGCUUUUCGCCAUUGCAUAUCACCCGCCACUUUCACCUAUAGAAUCAGCAGAGGCUUUGCGACUCACAUCCAGGGCAGCCUUUAUCGUGCAGCACAUAUGCUUUCAUAUAGAGGGUUGGAUCCACCUCUAUAAGGCAUCUGUUUUGGAGUGGUACCUUUUUGAAGACUGAUUCUUUUCCCUCGGGCAAACUCGCAGAGAUCCUCUGUUGUGUCUGCGUUUAAUUUUUUACUGGAAGCAUUGGAGGAACAGUUGUCUUCCUCCACCCUGAAGGUAUAAGGGCCUACUAUUGUGGCACAUCAAGCUAUGCUGGAUGACAAAUCAUUAAGCAAGCAGGACCUUAUUGACCGAUGUCUUAGAGGCACUGUGAGGUGGAAUUCUCCCAGGCCUGGCUUGAUGCAUUCUUGUAACCUUUCUUUGGUGCUAGUGAUCCUCCAGAGAGCCCUUUUUGGGCCUUAUACAGUGAGAGAAAUAAGAAUUUGAUCCCUGCUGAUUUGAAAUGAGGUUCUUGAAGGGUCUAUCAUUUUUAUUGUAGGUUUAUUUUAACUGAUAGAGACAGAAUAUUCAGUUUACAAAUUGAUUUGCAUUUCAGCCAGUGAAAUAAGUAUUUGAUCCCCUACCAACUAGCCGGAAUUCUGGCUCCACAGAUUGGUUAUGUGCCUAUAUGGACAACAGAUUAGUCCUGUCACUUUAAGACAGUACUCCUAAAUCAGCUUGUUAUGUAUAUAAAAGAUGCCUGCCAACAGAAUCUGUAUCUUUCAUUUCAACCUCUCCACCACCAUGGUCCAGACCAAAUAGGUCUUAUGGAUGUCAGGGACGAGAUUGGAGACCUGCACAAACCUUGAAUAGGCUACAGACAGAAGCUUUGUGAGAAGGAGGCAACUGUUGGUGCGAUCAUUUGGAAGUAGAAGAAAUACAAAAUAACUAUCAAAUGCCAUUGGUCUGGAGCUCCCUGCAAGAUUUCCCCAAUGGAGUGAAGAUGAUCAUGAGAAAGGUUAAAGAUCACCCCAGACAUACACGGAAGAAGCUUGUUAUUGAAUUCAAGACAGUUGGGACCACAGUUAGCAAGCAAACCUUUGGUGACACACUAUGCCACAAUAGAUUGAAAUCCUGAAGCAACCGCAAGGUCCUCCUGCCCAGGAAGCCCGUCUGGCUCAUCUCAAGUUUGACAAUGAACAUCAAAAUGAUUCAGAAAAGGCUUUUACAGCAGUGCCAGCACUUUCGCCAGAUCAAAAUUGGCUCCUAUGUUUGGAGGGAGAGAAAUGUUGAAUAUGACCCCAAGAACACCAUCCCUACAAAGAAGCACAAUGUUGGAAAUAUUCUGCUUUAGGGCUUUUUAUCUCUGCUACGGGUACAGGAAGGCUUCACCGCAUUGAGGGCUUGAGGGACCGGCCUGUGUACCAUAAAAUCUUGGACGAGAACCUCCUCCCCUUAACUAGAUUACUGAAGAUGGGUCGUGGAUGUCCCUUUAACAUGACAAAGAUCCAAAACAUAUUGCCAAGACAAUCAGAGAGUGGCUUAAGGAGAAGCACAUUAAAUGCCCUAGCCAGUCUCUAGACCCUAGUCCUAUAGAAAAUCUGUGAAGGAGGCUAAAACUGCAAUUUUUUGAGCAACAGCCAAAAAACCUUAAAGAUUUACAGAGUUGUGGACUAAAAAGUAUCCUUACACAUGAGCAAUCCUGGUGAUCAACUAUCAGAAAUGUCUUACCUCUGUGCUUGCCAACAAGGGUUUCUUCACCAAGUACAAAUUUAUUUAUUUUCCUCGCGGAUCAAAUGCAAAAAAACUAUUCAUAACCUGUAUAAAAAAAACUGAUUUUUUUUUAUAUUCUGUCUCUAUAAGUAAAAAUAAACCAACCAUAAAAAUUAUAGACCCUUCAUUUCUUUGUAAGCAGGCAAACUUACAAAAUCAGCAGGGGAUCAAAUACUUAUUUCCCUCAUUGUAAGUCAUAAAAGUUUAGAGCCCUCUUUCAAAAUACAACCUUUCUGAUGGUGCUCACCUCCAUUAAAAGGGUUGGGAAUCUGCAAACAUUCACCUUGUUUAGCGGAUACCUACUGAUAGGUCCAGGACACUUGCAUGAUCCUAAGACCUCAGCCUGCCCCAAGUUCUCACUACUCCCUUUAACUCUGUAAAUUUUCCGGUCCUCCCACUGUCGAGGAAGCCUUAUCCUUGCUGUGUCCAGUGUGUACCUUGCAAUUAUUCCAAAUAAAGUGAUUUCCCUGUUGGUAGUCCCAUGUGAGGUAUUUCUGCUGUCCAGUUUUCCUGUCUGUAAACCCUGUCAUCCUCUAGACAAAGAUCUAAUCCGUUUCCCCCACUAAGGUUUGUUGGUUCUUUGGCAGUCCUUUGUUCUGGGGUUCAGCCAGAUGUUGCACCACCUGUGGUAUAAAGUGCAUCUGUGGUAUUUCCACAUGUAACCUCCCCUUAAGUUAGAUGUGGUUUCUGUAAUACCCCACCUACCCAGCACACUUGGUUAGCAGGGUUGUCUCCAGUUACAAUAUGGAAGCCUUUGCCCUUACAUGAAGUUUAAAUGUCAAAGUUUUAGAAGGUGGCACACUCUCUGGCAGAAAGAGUGCUAUGCAAUGUUUAUUCGAGUGAUUGGUCUCCAAAGGGCAAACCACCAGUGUCAAAUCAUAACUUUUAUUUAUUUUAUUUGGUUAAAACUUCAAUAACUUUUAUUGCUUUGUGUUGUGUAUUUCUGUUCUUUAAGAAAAUAAUUUGAAUGUGUGAAUUGUGAUAUGAAAAUAAAUGUUAUUUGAAUUUAA